ACGGAUUUCACGAUCCCAACGGACCAUAAAAUAUAACAGUUCAUUGAAUUCAAGUGCGGUUUAAGUUAAUGUUUAUUUUUGCGGCUACAAAAUUAUUUCACUUGAUUUUAAUAACAAAAAUCACGAUUCUCUAGCGUUGUAUAGUAUUUCCAACAUAAAUGACGUCAUCACUGACACAACUAGAAAAGCAGGUAACGGUCUUUUCACGACGACGUUGGAAUAUAUAUUUAUAUAGAUAUAUUAGCGCUAUUAUCUACCAUUAAUGACACUACCGAUAAAAUUAACAAAUCAAAACAACUCAAUACUUUCCAAGCUUCUCUCUUCAAAUUAGCUGCAUGUAAAUAACUAAUGUCUUACUUUUGUAAUGAAUUACAUAGCUAAACAGAUAAAAAAUAAUCAUGUUGGACACGCUUUCUUGUAGCCAGUCUACCAAUAUGACAUUUAACAAAAAAAAAAAAUAAAAAAAAUAAAAAAAUAAAAAAUAAAAUAAAAUGUUUGUAACUACUUUUGAUUAUUCUAACUACAUUGCCAACAGUUUUAACACAGACACUCGUAAAUUCGUUUUCGGAAAGUAUUAUUUUGUGUCAAAAAUGAAUACAAAUGAGGGGGUUAUGCCUUUAGAACAUCUGAUUCAGUAAGCUGACGUCUAACAACACUGACAUGUGUUUAAAGCAUAAAAAGUGCAUGUUUGCAAAGCCAAAAAACAUUUAGGAUCAGGCCAAAAAUUAGGGUAGGUCGGGAUUCCGGAAACAAACAAAUUUUUAGGCCUUACUGAAAGAGGAAGUUAAAUAAAUAAUCACGAGUAUGUUUGUAUAAACCGAAAACAGGCUAGCAGUGUUUCAUGGCUGCCCUUACAUUAUUAGUCGCUGCAAUAGACUUUGGAACUACAUACUCUGGAUGGGCAUUUUCGUUCAGACAUGACUUUGAAGUUGAACCAACAAAGAUAUUUGCAAAGCAAUGGACAGGGAGUAAUCUUGUUUCUGCUAAAGGCCCAACAUGUGUUUUGAUAAAACCCGAUGGUCAGACACUACAUAGUUUUGGCUUCGAAGCAGAAAAUAAAUUUGCUGAGCUUGUGGCAGACAACGAACAUGAGGACUGGUACUUUUUUCACCGGUUUAAAAUGAUGCUUUUUGAAAAGGAGACCCUCCAACGAAAUGUCAUGCUAGAAGACUCCAGCGGGAAGAAAAAACUGCCAGCUAAAACUGUAUUCUCGUUGUCUAUACAGUACUUAAAAGAUGAUCUUAUUACGGAGUUACAAAAUCGAAUAUUUGGUUGUGGGAUGCAAGAUCGUGAUAUUCAAUGGGUUCUUACUGUACCUGCAAUCUGGACUGAUAGUUCAAAACAGUUCAUGAGGGAAGCUGCGCAGGAGGCUGGAAUUCCAGGAGACAAAUUGAACAUUUCCCUUGAGCCCGAAGCAGCAAGCUUAUUUUGCCGCCACUAUCGCCAUUUAGAAAAAAGUGAUAAGGAUGCAACUUGGAUGUCGACAUAUGGUCCUGGUAGACGAUACCUUGUUCUAGAUGCUGGAGGUGGCACGGUUGAUGUUACUGUGCACGAAGUAAUGUCCGAUGAAAAGCUUAAAGAAAUUUACAAGGCGAGCGGUGGAGCGUGGGGAGGAACAAAAGUUGAUGAUGCUUUCUAUAACUUUCUGUCAGAAAUUGCAGGAACCUCUGUGAUGGCGAAAUUUAAAGCUGAAUACAUAGACGAUUAUCUUGACCUUUUCCGAAGCUUUGAGAUAAAGAAAAGAAAAGUAGGACUAAAAACAGAGUCUAGGCUUAAUAUUGAACUGCCAGUUGCAUUAGUCAACUUGGUCAAUGAGAUGAGGGGCGAACCAUUGCAGGAGGCAAUGAUGAAGACGCAUUAUUCAAAUCAGAUACGUAUGGUAAACAACAAACUUCGCAUCGAUUCAAAAAUUGCAGAGGGGUUCUUUGAACCGGCGGUAAACAGUAUUAUCGAACACGUCAAAAGUUUACUCAAAGAACUAACUAACAGUCCAGUGGAUGCUAUACUCAUGGUAGGUGGAUUUUCAGAAUCCCCGAUGCUUCAAGAAACUGUUCAAAGUAAUUUCCCUGAACUAAAAGUGAUUAUUCCAUAUGAAGCGGGCCUAGCUGUUGUCAAGGGAGCGGUUAUUUUUGGCCAUAGUCCAACUGCAAUUGUUCAGCGGGUCAGUAAGUACACAUACGGAACUGACGUUGUAGUAGAUUUUGACCCAGACACGCAUCCUUUACAUAGAAGAAAAGAGACAUCCGACGGAGUAAUAUGUGAAAAUGUCUUCUCAAAACUCACAGAAGCUGGUCAGAUAUUGGUGGUUGGAGAGGCUCAGUAUGAACAAACGUAUAAAACUAUAACCAAAACUCAAAAAGCAAUGGGUAUGGAUAUAUAUGCUUCUAUAGAAAAGAACCCAAAAUUUAUUGAUGAUGUUGGAUGCAUCAAAAUAGGAACGUUCUCUGUCCCUGUAUCUGGAAGUGGUAAAGGUCGGAAAGUUACAGUGAAAAUGAUUUUUGGGGGUACUGAAAACGAUGUUGUGUGCACGGAAGUUGCAACAGGAAAAAUAACACACUUAAAAGUUGAUUUUUUGACUUAAAUUGACCCUAUAAAGAUUACAUUAAACGAAUAAUGAGGAAACGAAUACAAAACGAAAAGUGUUGCUAACUUGACAAGACAUAUUUCAAUAUGUUUCUAACUGGCACUGAAAACAUUCAAGCAUUAAGACACAUUCAAAACAGAAAUAACCAUGCAUGGCUGAAAAAAGAAAACAUAUUUGAAAUCAUUUUGAUGCCUAAAUGAUAUGGCUGGGAGAAAUAUUGAACUUGUAUAUAUAAACAAUGUACAUGUAAGGAUAUUUUCCAGACUUACUGUUAAUCUAACUAGAAGCUCCAGAAACACUUGUAAAAUGAUUUAAAUACUAAACACUUAUUUUUUUACUAGGUCAGCAAUACCUAAUGAAAAGUUUUUCAGCUUGGAACGUGUUGCAGUAACAUGCUUCAGAGGUAUUUUUUGCUUAAAUAGCGCAGAUACAGAAUGUCUUAUUUAUCAAAUGCAGUGAGAAUAGUUUGCUUUAAUACAUGUAUGCUUGUAUUUUCAUGAAAAACAUCUCAGUGCUUGUGGCAAUUAUCAUUAGUAUAAGAACAGAAAAUACCGAUGUACAUGUAUCCUAUCCCUUCCCCAUUUCCCACACGGAACGUGAACAUUUUCUUGCCCAUUUCAAUUGUGUAUUUAACACCUAAAACGCGCAGAUCGGUAAAUGGGUAAAUAUGCAUAUUGAACAAGUGGUAAAUUAUCUUUUAUCGUGCAUAGAACACAUUUUCUCAAUAGUCCAUAUUGUAGAGACACUCCGCAGAUUUUAUGCUUUCAUUAACGUUAAAGAAAAUCUUGGAUGCACUUCCCUAAUGACUGCCGGUGUAGACGAAACGGCCGUUUGCACUUGUUGAGAGCGAAAUGUAAACAAACAAAAACAGAAUGUAAAAUAUAUAUUCAGAUUAGUUUUUAUCUAGACCGGAACAAUAAGUUUUCUGAUUUUUCUGUAACGUUGACGAAAUGUCUCUUAAUCAUUUACAUUUCCGUGACUUACAAAGAAAAAAUGCUCACUUUGUUAAAUUUAUUAUGACGAUUUGGAAGGACAAAUCCCUAAUGGUACUGAAAAUUUGAAUUUGAGGCACAGCGAAUUUUUAUUUAUAUGAACUACUUGUGUCUUUUCCUCGUGGCUAUGAUUAGAGUGUACUAUACUACUUUUGACACGUUUGUGGUAAGUCUUGAAUACAUGUUGAAAUACUAGUAUGCUUCUUCAAAUCAAAAGUUCAACUUGCCUUAUUACAAGAGUCCUUCAUUCUGUACAAAAUAAUAUGUUAUUCUAUUGUAAUGAUUUUGAAUGCUGUAAGUCUCUUUUAUCUUAUUCUUUAUAAAUAUUGUAAUUUUAUGAUGUUAUAUUUGGAAAUAAAGUAAAAUUGAUAAAAAGUAUAAA